CACUUGAGAAGCUUCGUGUGAAACCCUGAGAGCUCAAUCGGCCAUUCUCUCAACAGCCCUCAUUCGAUCCAAAAAUGGCGACCCAGGUUGAACUCGAAGAUCCGCUUUAUAAUUUGCGCCUUUCGAUAGCGAAGAACGAGGAACCUACCCUUUCGAGCUCUCCGAAUCCAACGUCUGCCGCAGACACGGUCAUCGAUCUUGCUCUUGCGACGCACAUAACUUUCAGCAAUGCAAAGACCUUCGAUCUCACGACCGAGACGCGUUUUGCCCCCGGCGAUGCUCCCGUCACGCUUCGCAGCGUAUUUUUCGCAUGGAAGAACAAAGACGCCUCAAUCACAGACUACGUUGCGGCGGUUCAGACCUUGAAUGAGGAGUUGCCAUCGGGCGCGGGAGGAAGUGUACAGAAUCUCAACUUUGCGCAAAAGAUCGAAUUGAUUGCGUGGCUGAGCGGAGAUACUGAGAGUUCAGAGAAUCUCAAGCCUCUGGACAAUGCGGCUGCGACCGCAGACGCCACGAAAAGUGCGGCAAUCGCGAGCGGCAAGACUGGAGGCGUAAAGGUUGAGCAAGGAUUAGCCGGUUCGAAAGUUGCAGAUGCACGUUUAAUGAUCAUAUAUGAUGGUGAACGGAAGACAGGAGAUCACAAUUCGAUUUUGAGAGGCACAAAGGCCACGGACUUUUCGACCUAUCGCAAAUUCGCAGCUCAAUUUCUGCGUUCGCGAUCCAAUCCCAACGGUCCUUUGGCAGUUCCACACCCGCAUCCAUCACCCCUCGUGUCAAACCUCCAGAAGAAGCCCAAGCGGCGCGAAGAGCCUAUCAUUCUCCUCUCUCCCUCAGCAUCAUCGUUGCUGCGCAUGUCGAAUAUCAAAUCAUUCCUCAACGACGGCGUGUUCAUCCCUCCGAAUACCACAGAUACUACCUCCGCAAAUCUUCUCAAUCUUAAUCGAGUGCUCCCCUCAAUAUCAUCAUCACCCUUGCGCUUCAUCCUCGUCGACAGUACUGCAAACUUCAAGCCUCCAUAUUGGUCGCGCGUGGCGGCUAUCUUUACCACGGGACAGACGUGGCAGUUCAAGUCGUACAAAUAUCCCAAUCCAGCCGAAUUGUUCGCUCAUUAUCCCGGUGUGCAUGUAGGAUGGCAGGGAGAAGAGCCCCCAGAGAACAUUCAAGCAUGGGGACGAGGCGUCCUCAGUGUCAAGGUGGACAAGUGGACCGGUGGAAGUGCAGGACGAUGGAGGGACAGGGAGAUCGUGGAGACCAUCUGGAGCAGGAUCGAGGAAGGCAUGAGAAGGAACGGCUGGACACGUGACGGGCCUGGUCUAGCAGGAAACACACGAUAAAAUAUCCAUCAACAAACCGCUGUAUAUUCGAUCUGGGACGACGGCGCAAGGUGUUAUCUGGUAGGCUGCUUCAUUUGGGCUUGCAUAGCGCGGAAUACCUCAAUAUUUUUAAAGAUUACACAUUCGGAUCAAACCAGUCACAAUUCUAAUCAUCAUUGGUCUUUUUUUUUGGCCCCCACACGUGUUGAUCAGGUUGUGCUGAA